AUGGAAAAAUACAAUAAUUUAUGUUUAACCGAAAAUUUAGGGUAAAAAUAUAUAAAAUAAUCUAUGAGAUGGCUGUAAUAAGUAGGCCAAUAAUAAUAUCCAUAAUAACCAGUCUAUCAAUAAUAACAAACUUUCAUCAUAAUAAGUAGAGUAGCAGCAAAAACCAUAAAAAUUGAUUUUGAUCAAAUCUCUCGAUAAUACAUAAAGUCUGAAGAAUCUAUUUUGUACUAAUAGUAAUGAUUAAUAAUUAUAAGAGGUUCUCCACAGUUCCUGCACCUUUAUUACAUCCUCCAUUUGUGCAUUAAUUUUAUAAGAUAAUUGAUGAAGGGAAUUGA